ACACAAAAAAUAAAGAAUCACCAUGAAGAUCAUCGUAAUUGCUCUCGCGUGCCUGCUGGCGACCAUCAAUGCCCUCCCCAACCAACAGGGCAAGGAACUCGAAUCGGCCAUCAGGUCUGGAGACACGAGGCUGGUGACUGGUAACAUUGUUGAAGCCAUCGAAAACGUGGCACAGUCCAUCCGCGAUGCCGGCAUGGACCCUCUCGCCAUUAAUCAAGAAAUCGACUUUGCCUUGCCGGUACCUUCCAUCUUGAACGCAAAGAGUGCACUCAGGGGUUUCCUCUUCAGUGGUCUGAGCAACAUCGUCGUCAACAGAAUGAACUACGCUCUGUUGACCUCUAGGCUGACCUUCAACAUUGAACUUCCGGAAAUCUCUACAAGCGCCGAUCUUGCUGAGUGGAAUGUGAACUUCUUUGACAGGAACUUCAACGGUCUCGUCAGCGGACGUGUUGCUAUUCACAAUGUUGUCAUCACCGGUGACAUUCGCGUCAGCAUAGGCAUCAUUUCUGGCAUCGGCAUCAGGAGUUUGGAUAUGGAAUUCAGCGUGGGAAGAAUUGACUCUCAACUGAACGUGUUGCUGCAAGGAAUAAAUCUUUCUCGCAAUAUCAACACCUACUUGAGCGAUACUAUUCCUAGAAUUCUCAGUGAUUAUGAGCAUGACAUCAACCAACUGAUAUCUAUCGUCGCCUUGCAAGUCGUCGAACAACAUUUGUAA